UCCAAGGUGUUGCCCAUCCACAGAUUCUCAGUAUUGGCAUACGUCUUAACAGAGAGCUUUCGCAAUUUGCGGGGUUGGAAUGCUGGAUUGAUAUCGCCAGUGCCCCCUCUGUUGUCGACAACAACAGGAACAGCUAACAAAGUGAGUUUUUAUAUCAUAGUAGACGAAUGAUCAACAUACCAGCACUUCCAACGUUCUUGCUGUCAGCACACUCCAAGGACGCCUUCCGCUUAGGCUGGCCAUUGCUAGUACUGCGACUUGGACUCUGCCCAUCUCGACUCAGCUGCUCCUCCCCUUCACAAGGCCGAGAACCUGUAGCAGGUUCGGUAACGGAAUUGGGGGGCGGAUCGUUUGUCGCAAUGCCGACUGUGACUAACCCACUUACUUCGCCUAGAAUAGGGUUGAACCCCCUGUCAACCCCUCGAGUGACCAGUGUCACGUGGCUAGCAAGAGCUCUGGGCUUGGAUCUCGUCGAUCCUGCGUCGUGCAAGCUCGGAGCAACCGUAUCUGCUGGCACAGCAGCCUGGGACCCCUCGCUGGGCUUGUCUAAAGCUGACUGGUCGCCUGACCGACUGCAAACAGCGUCAAGGUCGGCACGGUUUGCAACAGGUGUCUUCAGCUUGGCUUUUGGAGGCUCUACUACUCGUGAUGAUCUGAGUAAUACUAUUUUUUCUGAGUUGGUUUUCGUUGCCGAAUAGGAGUGAUUGAAGUGUGGGAGUGGAAGGGUAUGGAAAAAAUAAUGAAGAUGAAGAUGGUUACCCAUGAUCUUUUGAGAGGCCACUUGCCAUUCAUGGAUGUGAUGCUGCGCCUUUAUCUAGAUGUGCUCGAUGCGUUCGUAUCGGCUCACCGUCCCGCAACACCAAUGAAAGCCCUGCAGUGUGAACAAUAUUCACAGCCGAUCUGCUCCGCAGCUGGGAUCCCCAUAUAUAAUAGCAAAGGGAGUAUGCCCUCCGCCCUCCCCUUUUGCUCCACUGCUCUCAGAGGUA